AUAUUCUUUUGGGGUUGCCAAGCCAGAUACAAAUCAUCUUCUCUCGAGCUAAUUAUCACCUGUUGCAAGUAGAAAGGACUACACUAUCAUAUCAAGACGCAACAGUAACCCUUGAACCAGAAAUUAACGUGUGGGAAUUUGUCUGAAGUGAGUUUUUGAGAGAAGCUAGACCCCAUGAAAUAGUCCCUGAGACACUCACAGAGAUAAUGAAUGUAGUGAAGAAUGGAAGGUGCUGAAUCUGCACAGAAGAUUGGCCUGAAAAUGAGUAUGACAGAGGAGUACCAGGUUCAGUUGGAGAGGCCACGAGAUGCUAAUGGCCAGCUAGGGUCGUUUGGACUCUCCAUUCUUGGGGGCUAUGGCACCAAGUUCCCAGCCGUGGUGUGUGAGGUGGACCCAGGGGGACCAGCUGAUAGAACAAACCUGGUCAAAGUUGGUGACAAACUAACUAACUUGAAUGGAGAAGACCUGAGAGAACUCACUCCUAAAGACUUGGUGAACAAGAUCCGCACUGCUCCUAGUUCAUCAACCUUUACUCUACUCAAGGAUGAGGAACUGAGACAACAGGUGAUAGCUCUCCUCCGUAAACAAGAACGUAGAGCAGCGAUCCGUAAGGAGCGUGCCUCGGCCAGUGGGGAGGGGCCUGGUGAUGGAAAACCUGUCAAGAAGACCUCCAUAGGGGGACCACUAGGACAGGAAGAGAGGAAGAAGAAGAUUAUGAGCAAAAUCAUAGAAGUGGAGCCGUCAGUGAAUGUGAAGGGAAGUGGAGAGAUAGUACAGGUCUACCACAACCAAAUCAUUGGGAUACGCAAAAUGGACAAUGAACUGGAAAAUGAGAGGGAGCUCUCUCCCAGGAGAGGUGGUAGACAGACUCCCCCCAGAGACACCUCUCCUCAAAUCAGCAAUGGAUCUGAGGGCAGGGAAGGCGCAUUGAUACCAAAACAUGCCCCUCAAAAAACCUCAACUUCUCCCAACAGUCAAGCUAGUCCAUCACCAGAGCACAUCACAACCAGCACACCAGCACAGAACAUUACACCCAACGGCACCCCCCACACUUCAUCACAUGACUCCACGGGGUUGAGGUCGACUGAACUCGAGUCCAAUGCUACAACAGAAUGCGAUUCUGGAGGUGCCGUGCAGAUUCCAAAGUGGUCUGGUCCAGUUAAUGGGGACAACAGGGCAUCAUUGUCAGAGGCUGUUCUCAUUGAUGAAAUUGAGAGGACCUCUAAAGCCACACCCACUGAUGAAGGCACUAAAGAACAAGGUGAAGAGCCCCGAGCUCAGUCAGUUGAUAGUCAGUCGUCAAGCUCGUCUCAGCAGUCACCAGGAAAAGGAAGGGCCCCUCUAGUGGACGAGCAUAAAAAAGAAGAGCUGAUGAAGAUGUAUCGCAACUCUCCCAACCGAAGUCACCCGUCUAAAAAGGAUGACCCGUACACAAUGGCUGUGUCCCUGGCUCGUAGACUGUACAUGCUGGACGGGUUCAAGAAGAGUGAGAUCGCACAGAAACUGGCUGACCCGUCAGAGUUUGGUCUAAUUGUGGCUAAGGAGUACCUGAAGUUCUUUGAGUUUGAGGGCCUGUCCCUGGAUGAGAGUCUCCGUCAAUUCCUCUCCUCCUUCAUGCUCACUGGGGAGUCACAAGAGAGGGAGAGAGUCAUGGUACACUUCUCAGACCGAUACUUCUCUGCAAACCCUGACGUUUUCCCUAACUCAGACAGUGUCCAUGGAUUGACUGUGGCGCUGCUACUGCUCAACACAGACCUUCACACUGAUCAUGGCAGAAGCAAAAUGAGCUUUGCACACUUUGUAACUAACCUCGGAGGAAUAGAUGUCAAACUACCCAGGGACGUUCUAAAAAAAUACUAUAACAACAUCAGAAAGAGACCACUGGAAUGGGCCGUAGAUGAUGAAGAAGAGCUGCUUGAUUCUAAUCACAGUGACGAGCUACUGGAUGAAGAAGCAGUGAGAGUGUAUCAUGUGACUAUUCCUGGGACGUUUGUUGAGGUGGAGUUGUCAGACAAUGCUCCUCUCCUGAAAGAGGGAUUCGUACUGAGAAAGAACAUUAUGGAAGGACCACAUAAGAAAGUGCAAAGAGGAAAGAGAAACUGGAGGCCGUACUAUGCAUACCUCAAAGGAUUCCUUCUUUAUUUUGGAGAGCCACAGGGAGAGCUUCAGUUAGAGGACACCAGUGGAGCCAUAACAGUGUGCCACUGUCUGGCCAUGGGAGCCUUUGACUACAACAAGAAGAACUCUGUGCUAAGAGUGACUACGUCUGACUGGCACUCCUUCCUCCUACAAGCCAAUGAUGUGACAGACAUGCAGCAGUGGAUAGGAGCCAUAAACAAAGCAUCUGCUCUCUAUUCCUCGGCUCCUCUACCUGCCCCAAUGUCGUCAAGUGCCACAUUUUCUCGACCCACCUUCCCCCUUGCCCCCACCAAGAACACAAUUGACCAACAAGUUGAGUCUCAUGUGGCGAGAAUAAAGUCACUGGAGAAGGAGAUGGAGGAGCACCAAGCCUACAAGCCAACUGGUAGCAAAGCCAAGCACAACUUACUACAGGUGUGGUUUGACAAGUAUGAGUUUCUCCAGUACCAAAUGAACUGUUACCGUAUCUACUACGCCUCACUUACCAGUAGUGAGUUGGUGAACUUCAAUGCUCCACUACCCUCUGGUCUGGUACCCUCCCCAAGUGUGAGCACUCUGGCGGUCACUGGGACCAGUCACGACUUGGACCUGAAUGUACGUAGCCCUCACUCCCCUUCCUCGUACAGAAAGAGCUCUCACCUUGAUCUAAGAGGUGCUGUUCAAUCUAGUUCUCCUCUGGCUUCAGGUAGAGGUAAAAGGAGCUAGGGAAAUUUGUUAGCCUUGGACUAACUUGUGUGUGUUAGUGGCAAUUACAUUUGAAUGUAUGCUACCAUGUACAGAAUUAUGUGCAAUGUUAUCAUUCUGCAUUCCUUUUUAAUUUUGCAAAAUUUUAUCACUCUGUAGUAGAUGUUUCUUGAUUCUAUUUAAACAGAUUACAUGUGUGUACAAUUAUAAUUGUGGUGCUUAAUUAUUGAAAUCCUUCA